AUGGGUGGUGCUUUAGUUGAACCGGAUUUAGAAGGGGUCAUUGUCAUUGGCAGUGGACUAGCAGGUCUUACUACUACAUUACAAUUACUACAGAAAGGGAUUAAAGUUACUUUGUUGGAAAAAACCGACAAGUUUGGUGGUAACUCUGCUAAGGCAUCAUCUGGUAUUAACGGAGCUGAGACGAAGUUCCAGAGUGAAGAAAAUAAAGAUUCAAUUGAAGCAUUUCAGCAGGAUACGAUUAAGUCAGGAAAGGGGCUUUCAAAGCCUGAUUUAGUUAAGACAUUGACCAAGAACUCAGCAGCUGCCAUCGAAUGGCUUAGUGGAGACUAUCUUGGAAUCGACUUAUCCAAAGUUACAAAGCUAGGUGGUCAUUCACAUGCAAGAACCCAUAGAGGUGGUGGUAAACUACCCCCAGGUUUUGCAAUCAUAUCAGAAUUGACUAAAAAGUUGGAAAUUUACUCUAAUGAAGCUGAAAAUUUGAAAAUCAAGAAACAAGCCAGUUUGAAAAAAUUGCUUUUCGAAAACAAUCAAGUAAAUGGGGUAGAGUACAUUUUGGAUGACCAAAUCCACCAAAUCAAGGCUAAAGCAGUUGUGUUGGCCACCGGGGGGUUUUCUGCUAGUUUCGAUGGAGAUAAAAGCUUAUUAAAGAAGUACCGACCUGACUUAUUAAAUCUACCACUGACGAACGGAGUUCAGACCACUGGUGACGGCCAAAGAAUCGCCGAGAGAGACGUGGGUGCAAAAUUGAUUCACAUGGACCAAAUUCAGAUUCAUCCAACCGGAUUCGUUCAGUUAAAGCCAAACGACGAACUUUCAUCCGCUGCCAAUAAGUGGAAGUUCUUAUGCGGUGAGUUGAUUCGUGGUAUUGGUGGUAUUUUAAUCUCUCCCCAAACUGGUGGUCGGUUUGUGAAUGAGUUGAGUACAAGAGAUAUCGUGACUGAUGCCAUAAAUAAGAACUGUCACAUUUCACAAAACAAUCUCUAUGGUAUUGAAGAAGAUAAAAAGAUAUGUUUGAUAGUGGUAGGCGAAAAGGACUACUUGAAGGCUAAGAAUCAUAUUGAUUUUUAUAUGUUCCAAAAUUUAAUGUUUAAAGGAACAAUCAAAGAUUUAGCAAAGAGAGUUAAAGACUUGAACCCAUAUACGGAAGUAAAAGAAGACGAUUUGAAAAAUACUUUGAUUAAUUAUAACAAAAUCAUUAAAUCCCAAGGAGAUCGCUACGGAAGAUUGGAUUUUGGUCAUGAGUUCAUUUUGGAACAGGAAUUAUACUAUGGUUUAGUAACUCCUUCGAUUCAUUUUUCAAUGGGUGGAAUUGAGAUCAACCAAUACGGGCAGGCUCAGAAUAAGGAUGGUCAAGUAAUACCCAACUUAUAUGCUGUUGGCGAAGUCAGUGGAGGAGUACAUGGUGGGAAUAGGUUAGGUGGAAGCUCAUUAUUAGAAUGUGUUGUCUUUGGUACAGUUGUUGGUAAACAUAUAUCUACAAAAUACAAACUUUAG